UGCAGUAACAAAUACGUUCUUAACCAUGGAGAAAACCGAAGUGAUGAAACCAGAAACUCUUGAUGACCUGAUCAAAUUGCUGCAUAAACACUAUGAAAGUGAGGAUAUCAAUGUGACUGAGGUGAACAAUAUAAUGGAAGCAUAUGACAGCAAUCCACAGGAAUGGAUGAAAUUUGCAAAGUUUGACCCGUUGAGGUACACAAGGAACCUGGUGGAUAAAGGGAACGGAAAGUUCAAUCUCAUUUUACUCUGUUGGGGAGAGGGUCAAGGCAGCAGUAUCCAUGACCACACAAACUCCCACUGUUUCAUGAAGAUACUGAAAGGCGAACUGAAGGAGACGAUGUUUGAAUGGCCCGAUAAAAAAACACAUGACGGUGGCAACAUGGUUCAGAAAUCUCAGAGAAUCCUGAAAGAAAACAAGUGUGCCUACAUCAAUGAUUCCAUUGGGUUGCACAGAGUAGAGAACGACAGUCACACAGACGGUUCGGUCAGUUUGCACCUGUACAGCCCCCCCUUCGAUACCUGCCAGACCUUUGACGAGCGUACAGGGCACAAGAACACUGUCAAGAUGACGUUCUCGAGCACAUUUGGAGAGAAGACUCAACCUGAAACUACAGUCUCACAAGAAAACAACUGAGGCGCUGAAGAAGACAAUUGUGUUUGGAAUGACAGUGUUUUCAAUAGAGUCAACAUGAAACUGCAAAGAAGCAAAAAUAAUACCUAGAUAUAUAGGGGAUCUUAAUUUGAGCCAGUUUGCUACAGAAGGAACAUUAUUCUGCAGCAACAGGAAAUAGUAAAUUAUUAUGUUGAUUAUAAUGAAUGGACAUUUUUGUAUGGGAAAAUCAAGCCUGGAAUUUCAAAGUGGAAAUGACUAAAUCCAGAAGCCUUUUUAUACCUGAAAUACACUACAAGGUUUAAAUUCUCCUGCAACAUGGUGAUCAUAUUAAGAUCCUACAUCUGUACAACUAAACAACCUGUUUAUAUUAAUACAAUAAUAUGCCAUUUAGCAGACGCUUUUAUCCAAGCGACUUACAGUCAUGCGUGCAUACAUUUUUGUGUAUGGGU